AUGCCUGAGCUCAAUCCAAGUAUUGCUCUACACCAUUUGGCAGUAAAGAAGGGCGUGCACCCAGUUAAACAAGCCCAAAGACACUUUUGGCCGGAGCUUAUCCCUCAAAUAGAAACCGAGGUCAAUAAGCUAAUUGAGGCAAGCUUCAUUCGUGAAGUACAGUACCUAGAAUGGAUUACUAACAUUGUCCCUGUCAAAAAGAAGAAUGGACAAAUCCGGGUGUGCGUUGACUUCCGUGAUUUGAACAAUGCAUGUCCCAAGGAUGAUUUUCCAUUACCCAUCACUGAGGUCAUGGUUGACACCACUAUUGGUCAUGAAGCUUUAUCUUUCAUGGAUGCUAUCAAAGGACAAGCAUUGGCAGACUUUUUAGCUGAUCACCCAAUUUCAUCUGAUUGGGAGUUCUUCGAUGAUUUCCCGGAUGAAGAUGUGUUUUACAGUGAAGUAAUGCCACCAUGGAUGAUGUUUUUCGAUAGUGCUGCAUGUCAGGAAGAAGCGAGGGCAAGUGUAGUGUUUGUUUCUCCACAAUGGCAAAUACUCCUAUUCUCGUUCUCAUUAAGCGAACUUUGCUCUAACAACAUAGCCGAAUAUCAAGCAUUGAUUAUUGGUCUACAAAUGGCUAUUGAGAUGGGCAUAUCACAACUUGAGAUCUUUGGGGACUCCAAAUUAGUUAUCAACCAAAUCAUGGAGCAGUAUGACGUCAAGAAAGAAGACUUCAUCCCCUAUUGCAAAUACGCGAAGAAGUUGCUAGCAAAUUUUGAGGCCAUCAUGUUGGAGCAUACACCUAGGAAGGAGAAUAGACAGGCUGAUGCUUUAGCUAAUUUGGCUACCGCUUUAGCACUAUCCCAAGAAGAGACAACCAAAGUUGCUAUUUCCCAAAGGUGGGUGGUACCUCUUGUGGUUGAAGAAGAAGAAGAAGAAGAAGAGCAAGCCAACAUCAUUUCUGUAUGUCUUAUUGAAAAACAAGAUUGGCGACAAGUGAUCAUUGAAUACCUUCAACAUGGAAGACUCCCGAAUGAUAAACACCACAAGACCGAAGUUCAGCAGAGGGCUACUCGAUUCAUUUACUAUAAGGACACUCUCUUCCGCUGUUCAUUUGAUGGAUUUUUUCUCCGUUGCUUAGAAGAGGAGGAGGCUAAACAAGCCUUAGGGGAGGCUCAUUCUGGAAUAUGUGGCGCACAUCGGUCGAGUCCUAAAUUACAGUACAGGAUCAAACGAAUGGGUUAUUAUUGGCCUACAAUGGUGCAAGAUUCCAUGGAGUGUGCUAAGAAAUGCGAAGCUUGUCAGUAUUAUGCGAACUUCAUCCACCAGCCGCCAGAACCUCUACACCCAACUGUAGCUUCUUGGCCUUUUGAUGCAUGGAGGCUUGAUGAAAUAGGGCCAUUUCUAAAGUCAUUCGGUGGCCAUUUGUACAUCUUGGCCACAACUGAUUACUUCUCGAAGUGGGCGAAAGCUGUGCCCCUUAGCGAAGUGAAGAAAGAAACGAUGGUCAAUUUCAUUCGAACUCACUUGAUCUAUCGGUAUGGUGUCCCUCGUUUGUUGAAGAAUGUGGUAUCCAAGACAAAGCGAGACUGGCAUGAAAGAAUUGGAGAAGCAUUAUGGGCAUAUCGAACAACAUUUCAAAUGCCUACUCAAGCGACGCCAUAUUCUCUUGUCUAUGGAGUGGAAGUCGUCCUUCCUUUAGAACGCCAAAUCCCAUCAUUACGGAUUCAAGAAGGAUUGACUGGAGAAGAAAAUGUCAAGCUCAGAUUGCAAGAAUUAAAGGCUGGUGUUGUCAUUCCAUGCUUCCUCGAACUUGGUUGGCUAGGAAAUCCAAGUCCAGUAGAGACACCUGUUCCUAAGCUCAAGGCUCCCGUAGUCUCUCACCAAUUGCUUAGUCUUCCAGCAAAAGCAGUGGUUCAGAACAAACAACAACAUGGCUGGUUUCUAAAACCAGAAUCACAAGUUAACUCCACCUUUCAUUUUUCUGUACUUUUCCAACAAGUGGCAUUAAGUGAAGGUGGUAAAAAGUGUUGGGGUAUCCUACAAACUGUCUUUCAUCCAACACUUACGAUGACCUCCAAGGUACCAGCUCAUCAAAAAUCAGCCUUUGGUGCUGGUAAAUGGUCACCAAAGCCAUAUUCCAUGACCCCACCAAUGUGGGACCCAAAGGUCAUCGUUGUUGGUACCUUAGAACACAUUUUCUGGAAUUACUCCAACUUAAAUUCUGCUUGA